CGAUGGUUCUAAAACAGAACACUGUCUAGUCAAUCCUUUUUUUGUCAAUUCUGACAUGUGUUGAUGCAAACUCCGCAAUCCUUAAACGCCCUGCAUAGAUUACUUAGUCUCCCGACGUCUCAUCAUUACAUUCACUUCAUCCCAUCGACCCUUCCAUUCCUUGAUCCCACGGCCUCAUGGUUGCAGCAGGAAACUCUUCCACCUCGAUCGACGCGCCUGUCCCUAGUGGUGUACUUCUUCUCAUAGGUCCUGUGCUCAUUGGCGGUUUCUUCAGUUGGCUGCUGUAUGGAAUCCUGAUUGUUCAGAUAUAUCUCUACUAUAUCACAUAUACGCGAGAUAGAAUCCUCAUCAAGAUCACUGUCUAUGGCUUAUUCCUCGUCGAAACCUUUCAGUCCGGUAUAGUCGUCCAGAUGGCUUGGAAAUGGAUGGUGGCUGGCUGGGGGAGACAAGUAGCAUUGGUAGAGCCCGGCUGGGCAUAUAAUUUCAUUCCAAUCACGACCGCCGUCGUUUCUCUGUGGGUGCAGUCAUUCUAUACAUGGCGCAUCUAUGCUCUUGGGAAAGGGCUUCUUGUGUGGAAGAUCAUAGUCAGCUUCAUCACGGCGUUUCUCUGACCCAGUCUGUUACCGCAAUAUAUAUUGGUGUCAAGUUCUUCCACAUUUCAAUAACACAGAAUCAUUUGCUAUCUCUUCCCAGUGGUAUCUGGUUCGGCGGCAGCGCCAUAUGCGACAUCCUGAUAGCUGUCAGCAUGGUAUACUUGCUUGUAUCAGCAAAGGGUCUUGAUCGUGCCAUCAGGGUCCCUCGCGCGACCGAAAAUAUGCUCAACCGUCUGAUUCGUUUCACGGUGGCUAGCGGGGCCAUCACUGCAUUCGCGAUGGUCAUUCACAUUGGUUUGUACUACAGCGCCCCGAACACGAACCUUUACACCUUGACGGCUAUGACCACCUCUAAGCUGUACACUAAUUCGGUCCUAGCAUCAUUGAACUCGCGUCGCGCCUUAGCAUCCAAAACGAGUGACCCAUUCAUCGAAUCUUUUGCAGCCAGCACUCCUACCGGCCCUCUUGUCCAUGUCUCUCGACACAUCGAGUUUUCGCGCCCAAAUGAAUCCCAGUCAAUAGAACCUAGGGACAGCGAAACUCGCGACAAGGUCUUGGCCAUACGACCAAGCAGCUCAGAUUUUAUGAUGAUGGACCUUUCAAAGAACUCUAGCCAUGUCUGACUGCAGCCAGACUCGAGAGCACAGCGAGGCCCCACACCGUCAUCGCCAAGUGAAUGCUUUCCAUAUUGGCAUUGUCUAUGCAGAACAAUAUCUUUUACGAUAUAAUAACAACGAGAUCUACAAUAAAUGCAUACACGUUUUUGUAUGCCAGGCCCUCAGAGACGAUUGGUUAGCUUGUCGCAUAGUAAAUGAGACUCUCAUGCUUUCUUACUAGGUUGCUAUUCUUGUCAAAUUC